AUGGAAAAUGCAUAUAGGGUGAGGAAGCAAGAUGAUUUUGUAAGUAUCAACACAUUAUUAAGCAAGUUAGAUUUGUAUAAUAAUAAUGGAAUAAGAAAAAGUGAAAUAAGGAACAUUAUUAACAAAUUUAUUUUACAAUAUAAUUCUAUUGAUGAAUGUGAGAAAAAGUUAGUAGAUAUAAUUAAAGGUUGUGAAAAUUAUAACUGUAGACAAUUUCAAAAAUAUUAUUUAUUUAUUACAAAUAUAAUAAAAGAAGUAUGUCAUAUAGAAUUAAUCCCAAUAAUUUACAAUGAAAUAUUAGAAGAGAAAAAUGAAGAAGAGAAUACUUUUUAUGUUAGUAGAGAUGAUUACAUUAAUACAAUGGAAAAGAAAAAAAAUUCAGAAGAAAAUUUUGAAGUAAUUUGUGAAAAGGUUUAUAAAAAGUACAUAUUAGUAUUUAUUAAGAUAUUAUAUUACUCAUCAAAUAUGUCUUCCAAUUUACUUAAAAAUUUAUUUAAUUCCUUAUCAUAUAUUUGUGUAAUGAUAUCAAAGUAUGAUUCUUUUAGUCCUCCGAAAGAAAACUUCUCAGAACUUAUAUAUAGAAUAUUUUGGAAUUAUUUUUCGAAAAGUUUUGACCUUCUUAAUGAAAAUUAUUUUUCUGUUGAUGAUGAAGAUGAUACAUCCUCUUCAGUUUUCAGUGAAAUGUUAAGUGAUGAAUAUCCCUUUUUAUAUGAUGAUACUAAUUCAUGCGAUUUUAACGAAAAAAAUGUACCAAGUAAUGAAAAGUUAGGUAUAGCAGAAAAGGACAAUAAUGUUGAAAAGAAAAAAAGAAAAAAAGAAAAAAAAACUAUUGAAAAAUCGAAAGGAGUACUAGACGAAAAAUAUGCAACUAGCGAAAAACCUAUAAAUCUUAAAAAAAGUGAUGAACCAAUAUAUAGUAGUAAUUACCCAAUAAGUGAACUUAAUCAAACAUGUAAACAUAAGGAAGAGGAGCGGAAUAGCACCAAAAAAUAUAACAGUAACGAAAACAGUCAUGGUACUAUUAAACAAAAGGAAGAUAAUAUUUUAGAGGAAGCUAAUAACAACUUAAAAAAAAAUGACAGUCAUGCGAAGGUGAAUAAAAGGUUGCAGACUCGUAGUUGUGAUAGGGAAAACAAAAAGACCAAAAGAGAAAAUGCAAAAGGUGAGAAAAAAGGAAUUAUUUGUAAUAUGGGUCAUGUUGAGAAUACGGAAAAAAUGGAAGACAAAGAAAAUUCUAUUAGUAAAGAUGAUAUUAAUAUAAAUAGUAAGGGUGCAAGUGAAAAUAAAAAUAUAGAGAAUAGUAGUGAAUUGAUAACGGAAAAGAAUAAGUGUAUUGAUGAGCAUACAGAAAAGGAACAGGGAAAAUCUGAGGAAAAAACUGUGGAAAAAACUGUGGAAAAAAAUGUGGAAAAAAAUGUGGAAAAAAAUGUGGAAAAAUAUGAAGAAAAAUGUGCAGGAAAGAAUGAGGAAAAUAAUGCAAGAAAGGGUGAGGAAAAAAACACUGGAAAAAAUGGGAGGAAAAACGUUCUACCAACUCUAGAAGAAAUAAAAAAAGAGAACAUAAUGUUUGUUAACAUAAUUUUAAAUGUAUAUAUAUACCUAUUUAAUAUCAAAAAUAAAAAAAAGUUCCUAUUUUAUCACGAUAAUGAAAUUACAUAUGAUAAAUUUUUACUGGACAAUGUCGAAAUUGUAUUUACUCAAAUAAGGAGUAUGAUAAGUAAAAUAAGAAAUAAUUUAAGCGAAUCGGUAAUCUACUUUUUAAGAUUAAUUUUUUUAAUCCUCUUAUUUUUGAAUAAUUCAGCUAAGAAAAAUAUAGAAGACAAAUUUGUGAUUCAUAAGUAUAAGGAAAAAAAAAAAAAAAAAAAAGUAGAUGAGUUCCUGAAUAACAAUAAAAAUAGUAACAAUAUGUAUAAUUUUAAUUUAGGGAAUUUUCAAAAGGUUGUAACAAGUACAAAUGAACACCAUUCCGUUACAAUGAAUAAAAAGAAAGAACUUGUGGAGCAUAACAGAGUAAAAAUGGAAAAAGUGUGUAGUACCAAUGUACUAAAUAGUAACAGUGCUACUAUUGCCAUAUCUGAUACUGCCGCUACUGCUGCUACUACUACUAUGAUUAAUACUAAUACUGCUAAUACUACUAAUACUAUUAAUACGAUUACUACUAAUACUAAUACUAAUAAUACUAACACCACUAAUAAAACUAGUAUUAAUAAUACUUACAAUAAUAAUGAUGCGAAUUCUAUGAAGAGCAUUGCUUUUAUUUUUAACAGCAGUGAUAAUAACACAAUCAGUAAAGGUACCAGUAAUAAUAUGAAUAACUCAAUUUAUGAUAACCACUUUAAUAAUGCACAUCCAGAAUAUAUAUUCAAUAAUAGUACUUUUUAUCAGAAUAACAAUAGUGUCCUUUGGAAUCAAGCUAACAGUACGUUUAAUAAUAACGUUUCCUCUGACAGUAUUACUAUAAUUGAUAACCAUAGCAGCUCGAACAUUAACUAUGGAAAUUUAAAUAAUGAUUACAAUUAUAGUAUUUUAAAUAAUAAGACAUGUAAUGACCAUGUAAAUAUAAACAAUAAUUAUAGUUGUAAUAUGAUAAAUAACGUUAUGUUGUAUAACCCUAAUGCCAUUGUAAAAAGCUGCACAAAAGACAGUGCGAAUGAUAGCAUAAACAUAAAUUAUGCUAGUGCAUAUAAUGAAUGCGGUUAUAGUAACAUUGAUAACAACAUGAAUAAUAAUUAUUGUAACCUAAGCAAAGAUUUAAAUUAUAUGGAUUUUAAUAGUGGCCUAAGUAAUGCUGUUAAUGACCUCAGUAAUAAUUUAUACUCUAACAGUUUGACUAAUACCGAUGCUUUUAUAGGAGGUAACACCCCUCUCAUAAAUAAUACAAAAAAUAAUCUCAUUACUUUUAGAGAUAGUCCCAAUGAGUUAAAUAAUUGUAGGAACUAUAUUAGCUGUCAGGUAAGAAGUCAGAUUAAUGGUUACAUGAACGGCUGUACGAAUGGUAACACGAAUGACUGUGAGAAUGAAUACACGAAUAGCAACGCCAAUGGAAACGCGAAUAACUUUGCGAAUGCGUACACGAAUGUAUACUUGAAUGAAUAUACUAAUGACUGCGUGAAUGGCUAUACAGGAGGAAACAUGAAUGAAUGCACGAAUGGAUGGAAAAUUGAAAACACGACUGGAAACAUGACUGGUUAUACGCCUGAAUAUAUGACUGGUUGCACUAAUGGAUACACUACUGGCAACGUGAAUGACUGGGCGAAUGGAUUCUCUAACAGCUGUAACCGUGAGAGCAGUAAUUCCCCUUUCAUAAGUAAACCUAAAGAGGAAUAUAAUGCAUGGAAUUGCGAAGAUAAUUAUAUACUUAAUUGUGAUUAUAUAAAAAAUAAUAUGAAAAAGAGUGAAUAUGAAAUGGUAGUGGAUGUGAUAAAUAAUAUAUAUAAUACAUUAUUUUUAGAAACGUUAGAUAUUUUACUCAAAUGUGCAGAAAGCAAUUUUAAGGAUAAAAAUAUGGUUGUUGUUAAUAGAAUAUUUUCAUGUAUGUUGAAAAGUGUUGAAUAUUGUAAUGAGCUAAAUAAAUAUAAAAUAUAUAUAUUUAUUUUAAGUAAAAUUGAUAAAUUUAUUAAAAGUAGAAGAUAUGAAUAUAAUAAUUCGACGUUGAACAAUUAUAAUUGUUAUUUCUUGUUAAAUUUAAUAUAUACCUUAUUUAAAUAUAAUAAGGGAGAAAGGAAUAUAUGGUAUUUAUUGUUUGAAAUACAUGUAAAUAAAAUUAAAAGAAAGAUAAAUAGGAAAAUUAAUGCUUUAAUAGGUGAUGAUAGGAACAUACUCAAUUAUUUGAUGAAUACAGAUGAUAUUAUUAGAAACCAGAAAAAUAAACAUAUGCCUACAAAAUUGUUGAUUUAUCUUUUGUUAAGAAGAAAUGAAAAAAAUAAACACGUCAAAUCUUAUCAGUUCAGAGGUAGUACUAAUAGUAGUACUAACAUCUUCUUAGAAAAUGAAAUUGAAUUGAUGACUCUAUGUGAUGGAAAGAACUUCCUUAUAAAUAAUAUUAUAAACUUUUUACUAGAAUGCUGCAUAAGUAAUGGGUACAUUAUAAGAUACUUGAGCUUGAGAAUAUUUUUAAUGAUGACUGUAUUAUUUAUCGAAUUUUUAAGGAAGAAAUCUUUAGACUUUGAAGAGAAGCUGUUAAAAAAUUAUAUAGUGAAAACGGUUUAUCAGAAUUUCUUUCUAUGUAUUUUCAAUGUUCUAAAAGAACCAGAAACGAAUAUUUAUAUGUAUAUAAAAUUUCGAAAUUUAUGUACAAAUAUAUUAUAUAUGUGCUCUAAACUUUUAUCAGCUAAAUUUUUGAAUGAAUUUUAUGAAAAAGUCAUUUGCUAUAACUUAUUUUAUCUUGACCACUUUUAUCGAAAUAAAGUAUAUUAUGAUUCAAAAGAAAAAAUGGAAUAUGAUAAUAAAAUUUUAAGAAAUAUAUACACCUUAUUUAUUAAAAAUUCAAAGGAUCUUUAUUUAUUUUCUUUUAUGAUUCUGUAUAAAAAUCACAGAAGUUUUGUAAAUUUUAAAAUAUUAAAGAACAUUUUAAAAAUAUCGUCAAAUGAAAUUGUAGUGAUAUUGAAUAACUUACGUGUGCACAGUAAAAUGGAGGAAUAUCAUCAGGACAAACGAGAGGACAGUUAUGUGAAGGAAAUGGAAAUUGAUAAACUGAACGGGAAGCUGGGUAAUAUUGAGGGCGAUAAGGUGAAUUAUACUGAUGAUAACAAUAUAGAUAAUAAUGCAAACAGCAGUAUAGAUAGUGAUGCUGACAAAAUUGCAAUUAAUGAUGUUGUUAACAGUGCACACAAUGAUCUACACAAUAGUGGAGAUAAUAAUGCUGGACAGAGUGCAAACAAUGACACAAACGAUAGUGGGGGUAGGAAGGCAAUGCCCACCCCAAAGAAGAAUAACAGUAACAGCAGUCCUGCGGACUCAGAAGAAUCUACAAGCAGUGAGAAUAAGAAUACAAAGAACAAAAUAGAGCCCUUUGAACUAAAGAAUAUAAACAUAAAUGACUUCUUUGACAAGGAAUUUCAAGCAAAACAGUUGUCAAGUGAGAAAAAUGAAGAAGAGCUGAAAGAAUCGGUGUAUAAGAAUUAUUUAUUUAUAAACAUUUUUUAUUUCGAAGAACUAAAAGAACUUGAUUGUUAUGAUAAUUCUUAUAUUUAUUACAUUUUUAGCUGUAUUUUUUGCUUUCUAAAUAUAUAUGUAAAUCGAUUUGUCUUUUGUUAUAAUUUUAUUAAAAAUGAGAAAAAUAACCUCAAUAGCUAUUUUUAUGCCGAGCGUAUGUUUAGUGGCGGUAGUAACAACAUUAAUAGUAACGACAAUAACUACAGUAAUAAUAUCAGUAGAAAUGUCAGUGGUAAUAAUAAUAAUAAUAACAGGAAUAACGCCAAUAGUAACGACACGUAUAGUAACCACACCUAUAGUAAGGAUAAGAAUAAUAUUGAUGAUAGCAAUAACUACAGUUGUAAUAUUGACAGUGAGGAAAAUAAAGAGUUGAUAUUGAGGGACCACAAAUAUGUGGAAGAUUUCAUAUUAGAGCUCCUAUCUUUAUUAAGAAAUUACUCGCAAAUAGUGAGCUUAAUUGAGGAGCAUUUAAUUAAUAUAAAUGUAGAAAUGCUACUAAAGAAGAAGAUGAAAGAAAAAGAAUUGUUGAACCUAAAAAAUUUUAAAAAAAUAGUUAUUCUUGAAUUACAAAAAUUUUAUUUUAUCUUUAUAAAAUUAUUAAAAAUUUUACUGUUAAUAAAUAAGAUUAAUGGCUUUUCUAUAAGACCAUUUGAGUUUUUUUUUUUUAAGUUGAUACAGUCUUUGGACAAUCGUUUAAUUGAUAUAAACACAAAAAGGCUUGCUCUGAAAUUCUUGAUAUAUUUUUCUUGUAAGAAAAAGUUUGAAGAUAUUAUACUAAGAAGAAUAAAUCAUUUUUAUUCGAAAAUGAAAAAUAAAAAAAAAAAAAUUUAUGAUUUUUUUUCAAAAAAGGAGUGUAAUAAAAAGCAGGAAUAUGUUGCUUCUCCUUCAAUGAAGAAAGAUACCUGCGAUAUUUAUGAAAGUGCGCAAAUGCAAAGGAAGCAAAACGAUUUGGAUAAAAAAAAAUCCAAGAAAAAGGAUGAUUUAAACGAGGGAAAGCAGCACAUUCAGCAGUAUUCUCAGCAGAAGGAACAGCAUGAAAAGAAGGAAGAAGAAGCGAUCUCUCAGGUAAAGGAAAAUGACAAGAAACGUGCUAGUCGAAAAAGAACAAAUAAUAAUAGUCGAAGAAGACAGAGUACUGUGAAAAAAUCAUUAGACGGUGAAAAUAAAUUAGAGAACAUUUCCGCUCCUUUAGUAACAGAAAAAAAGAAUACAAAAAAUGAGUGUGGAGAAGAAGGUAAAAUAGAUAUUACAAAAGAAGAGAAAAAUAAUGAAAAAACUGUUUUUACAAAUAAUGAAAAUGUAUCGUUAAAUAGUUGUUUAAAAAAGGAAAAAAUGCCCAGUGAGACAAAAGAACAGAAUAAAGAUAGUAAUAAAUUAGACAUAAAAGAGGAUGACGCUGAAGGUAGUAACAUGAAGGGUACUAACACGAGGGGAAGUGACACGAGGGGAAGUGACACGAAAGGUAAUAAUUCAAAAGGAAGUAACUCAAAAGGAAGUAACUCAAAAGGAGGUAACUCAAAAGGAAGUAACUCAAAAGGAAGUAACUCAAAAGGCAGUAACACAAAAAGUAGAAAAACAAAAAGUAAUAAGGAGAAAGGAAAUGACAUAGAUGACAUUAUCUUUAAAGAUAAUAAAGCACAAGACAAUAAGUUAGGAAGUAAUAACAUAGAAGGUAAUAACGAAAAAGGUAGUAAUUCCAAAAGUAGUGAUUCAAUAAGUAGUAAUUUAAAAAAUAGGAACGAAAAAGGUAGUAACUCUAAAGGCAAUAAUGCAAAAGAUAUUAACUUGGAAGGAAAUAACAUGGAAAACAAUAACAUAGAAGAUAGUAACGUUAAAAAUAAUAAAGUGCAAGACAAUAACGCAGAAAGUAAUAACGAAAAAGGUAACGUCGAAAAAGGCAAUAACGAAAAAGAUAGUAACGCAAAAGGAGGUAACGAAAAAGAGAGUAACAUAAAAGGUAGUAACUUAGAAGGAAAUAUUGUAGAAGGUAGUAACGAAAAAGAUAGUAGCGCUAAAGGAAAAAGAACAAGCAAAAGAAGAAAAUGCAACACGAAAGAAGAAGAAACAAAAAAGGAUAAAACUUGUAAUGAAAUGGUUGAUGUAGACACACAGAAGACGAACUCUUUGGAAAAUAAUUUAAUAGAAAGCGGUGUUAAGUCUGAAAAGGAAGUAAGUCUGAACGAUGCUCCUGAUGACAACACUGUGCAGGUAGCAAGGAGAAGUAGGUAUGGAAGGAAAAGUGGUGUAAACACAAAAGAAAAAAAUUUCAGUAUUCUUAUUGAGGAGGAACAUGAACUGAAUAGGAAUAAUAGAAGAGUGAGUAGAAGUAGAAGUAGAAAUACAGUAAGAUCUGGAGGUAGGAUAGGGAAAUAUACUUCUAAAAAAGGAGAGAUUAAAUGUAUUAGUGGUGACGGUAUCAUUGGGAUUCCUUUUGAGGAAUAUAAUAAAAUAUCUAUUGAUAAAAAUGAUGACUGUCAAGGAAUUAACAAUAGUGUAACGGAAAAGGGGGUGAUUGAAGAAAAAGGAGGUUCAGUUGAACUUUUGGCUGAUAUAUAUAGUUCUACAGCAUUAAAAAGGAUGAAAGUGGAAGAGGAAAAUUCUAAAUAUAAAAAUGAGAACAGCGAUGGAUUUAAAGUUCGGACCAUUUGUAGUAACAGUAAUAGUGGUAAUAAUAUAAGUACCAUCAAUAGAAAUAUUAGUGUUAACAAUAAUAACAAUGCAGCCACUGAGGUAGGCAAGUUGAGUUAUUAUAAAAAGUGCAGAAACUUAAUGAGCUGUAAAAAUUACAAAUUAGAAAAGUACUACUGCGAAAGCAUAGAGCUGUUUUUGAUGAGCAUCUUCCUUAUUGAAAAAAGUUCAAAGUUUAAUGAUUUAGAUGUGUUUGUAGAUCAUUAUGAUAAAAUAAAAAAUAUAAUUGAUUUCUGCAAAACAUUUCAUAUUGAAGAAGGAAUAGAUAAAAUUUUAAAAUAUUUAUUUUAUUAUUUAAGUGAAAUGAAAAAUAACAAAAACUUUAUUUAUAAUAUGAUCAAACUAAUAAUUAAGUCCAUUUUGCACAUACCUCAAUGUAAGAAUUCGGGAACUCCUUUUUUCUUUAUAUCCUUUUGUUGCCUAUUUAAAAGUUCGAAGAAGAAAUACCUUAACAAAAUAAUUAUUCAAAACUUUCUUAUUAUUAGUGCAGCAUAUGUCAAUAUAUUAAGAAAAAAAAAUUUCUUUAGAGAAAAUAAUCGCAUAUUUUUGCUAAAUUUUAAUAACAAAAAAAAUGAGAAAUAUGAACAGAAAACUGAAGACAGAAAUGAUAACAGUAAAAAAUUAUCCUUGUCCGUAGUAGAAGAUCCUAUUAAAGAAAUCAAUGAUGUGAUAAAUGAAUGUAAAAACGUGUUACCUGUGCAAGUAACAGCUGAGGUACAGAUAAAUAAUAAAGUAGAGAACUCUAUGAAAAAAGGAAGUAGCAAGAACAAAACAGAAAAAAACGAUACAAAAAAUCAGUGUACUGAUAAACCAUCGAGAAGUAAGAAGGCUACCAAUAAAGAUUCUACCAGUAGAAAUCCUAGAACGAAAAGAAGCAACAAGAAAGGGGAAAAUGCAAAUAACGAAAGAGGUGCUCAAGGAAUGAUCAAUAAUGCCAAUGGUAAAGGUAACGGAGUAAACGCGCAAGACGUGGGAAAUGGUGCAAAUGAGACAAACGUGAGUAAUUGUGCAAAUAUGGAAGGCACUAAUAAAACUGUAAACACGCGUGAUGAAAGGAAAGAUCAUAAUAAAUAUAAAAAAUGUAAAAGAAGUAAUAAUAAUAGUAAGAGUUUGCAUUUACUAAAUAUAGGACCAUCGGUUGAAUUAAUGAAGUUAGGAGAUACUUUUUUUUUUUGUCUUAAUAAAAAAGAGGAGAAGGAGUUCAGAGAUGACUUACUUUUUAAUUUAAUUAACCUAUAUAUAAACUUCUUGUGCUCUUUUUAUUUCUAUUAUUUAAGUUUUUACGAAGAAAAUUAUUUCAUUCUUAAGAAUCUUAUAUUUAUAGGAAUAAAUAAAGUGUUUCGGAAAAGAACAAGUAAGAAACUGUCAUGUUUCAUUUUAUCAUUUGUGUAUAUUCUAAUAUGCCUUAUGUUAAAUGUCAAAAUAAAAAAGGAGUUUAUAUUAAUACGAAGUAAUGAUGAAUCAGGUAAAAUGAAAGAAAAAAUUGAGAAGAAUGAGAAAAAAAAGAGUAAAAUAAAGAAAAAGCACAUCAUUGGAGGAGGAAAGCAGUUGAAUUCACAGCGUAAUGAGAGUGGCAGAAAGGUCAAUAAUAAUAGCACUGGUAAUAAUAAUGACAAUCGUAAUAUCAAUAGUAAUGGCAGUAGGAAUAGAAAUAAUAAUAGCAAUAAUAAUAGCAAUAGUAAUAGCAAUAAUAAUAGCAAUAGUAAUAGCAAUAGUAAUAGCAAUAGUAAUAGCAACAGCAACACUACUAGUAGCAAUAAUAAUAUAAGCAGUAAUAUCAUCAAGAGUGAUCACCUUGGCAAUAGUAACAAUACUUAUGGCGAAGAAAAUAACAAAGAUUACAGGUUUAAUGAGGGUGGUGAAGACAACGUUUUAGUAAAAUACUUAAUUAAUUUAGUUGAUGAGAAUAGAUGUAAAAAUAUAAAUUUAAUGAAUAAAAAGAAAUUAAGAAAAGGUUUUAAAAAGGUUUUAAAUAUAAAAAGUAGUGAACAUAUGGAGAAUUAUUACAAUUAUUUUCCAAGUAAAUUUUUUUAUAAAAACAAAAUGGACAGACGUAUUGAAAAAAUAUUUCUUGUAAAGAAAAGAAAAAAAUUAUUUAUAACAAAUACUUUUAAUAUAAAAGAAAAUUUAAAAAAAGUAAACAAUAUUUCUAAUAAUAUAUUGCAUACAUUUAUAUUUACACUUUUAUCCGAACCUGUAUUGUUUGAAAAAAGUAAUGAAUUGUCUAUAAAUAAUAAAUUUAAAAGGGAUAUAAAAAAAGAUAAUAAGCAUGCAAAAUAUAAUUUAUUAGACUACAUUAUAUAUUGUUGUUUUUUUAUAAUAUUUUGUAAAAUUAAAUUAAUUAAAAGAAAGAGGAUUCAUUAUUAUUACAGGAGGAGUAACGGACACAACAGCAAAAAUGUUUUGAGAAAUUUAAAGAUGAACUCAUACAUAUAUAAUAAUAAAAAAAAAUAUUCCAUACUUCAGUUUUAUAUAUCAGUUGAAAUUCUUAAUUUAAUCUUCAAUAAUAUUAAAUCUUUUCCAUUUAAUUCUAUUAAAUUAAUUAUUGAUAUAUUUUUAAACAGGGCUUUUUUAUCCUUAUGGGUAGAUAGAAGAGACAAUCAAAUAAAUAAAUUUCAAAGUUUAUUUUAUGAUUUUUUUUGUGAUAUAUUUUAUUUACAGACAGACACAUUUACAGAAUUACCUUAUUUAAUUUAUCAACAUCAAAGAGCUAUACAUUUUUUAAGGUUAGUUUCUCGUUCAUCAGUUUGUAAAAAAAAGAACAUUCUUAAUAAUUCGCUUAUUUUGGAAAUACUAAAUCAUUGUUUCCCUAAGGAGGAGUAUGAAAAUUUAAACAAUUCCUAUAAUAAAAGAAACGACGACAAAAAAGUAAUUGAGAAAUCACAUAGGACGUUAAGAAGUAAAAGGAACACAAUUGUAACUUAA